AGUCAUGGCUUAAACCCUAUCCUUCAUGUUUCGACUCGUCUCGUCACUCCCAUCGCCAAACUUCCGCUGUCUUCCUCACAAACAAAACACAGAUCCACAAAAUGUAUAAUAUCUCAAGAACAACAAACAAAACCCUUCUUCAAUCAUUAACCUCCCAAUUAAACCAGCGUUGCUCAGUGAGUCGAACCGCAAAAGGCAAAUCAAAAGACGUCCAGCCAAAGAAAAGAUCAAAAAUCACAAUUAAAAAAGGCGGUUCAUCUUCACCACCAGACCCAGCUUCAAAAUCCCAACAAUCCAACCAAAAAAACAUCUUAUACGACCAAUGCCUCAACGCCCCGACUCCGGUCCGCUUCCUCAAGCCGAAGGAACGCGCCCGCGAAGCGGAGCGCGCAAAAUUAGGGUUGGAAAGCAAGGAGAGACAGCGAGAGAAGGCGAUCAUGAAAGCGGGCGGGCGACAAACUAUGGGCGUACCCGAUGAGCCGCUCUUAAUGGGUACUGCUGGAUUGGAUUAUAUCUCACUUGGGUUGGUUGAUGCUGAGAAAAUUCCGAGUUAUGAGUUGACUGAGGAGGAUGGGAAGAGGCUGGCUAAGGAGUAUAGUAGGGUUUUGAUGAGGAAACAUAGGGCUAGACAAGCGGCGGAGUCGGGUCUUUUGAGGUUGAAGAAGGAGGCUAUUGAUGCUUUGCCGGAUAAGUUGAGGGAGGCGGCUUUGGUUCCGGAUUUGAGUCCGUUUCCGGCGAAUAGGUUUAUGGCUACUUUGACUCCUCCUAUUGAGGGGUAUUUGGAGAAGGUUAUGGAGGCGGCCAGGCGUAGCUCCGGCAAGGAGAAGAUUAGAUGAGUUAAAAGAAGUUGGAAGAAUGAUCAUAAUUCAAGUUAAAAGACCCUCUAUUUGCAGUUUACAAAAACCGGAGAGCAGUUGCAAUAAAUGUGUAAAACUAGAGCUUCUUUUGGUGUUUCAGCGGUAGAUCAAAUUUUGCUGUCUUUUUAUUGUCUGGAUGAGCUUACUUCUCAUGUAAAUCAGGGACUGAGUGAUCUUUUAGUGAGCUAGAGUUGUUUUUAGUGAGCUAGAGUUGUUGUUCGAUGUUUCAGAACCUUUUUUUUUAUUGCCGGCAUUGCAGCAACCACUUUAGAAAGCGAGAUUAUCUUCUUUUUAAUUUGAUUUUAUCAUUCAACUAUACUAGAAUUUGGUAUUGUUGAUCAGUGACAUCAAUUGUCCCGUGGCAGAGGUUACGUUGAACCAAAUCAAAAUAAUUCUAUAGCUUUUGGUCUAGUUGUAAGCGUUUGAUUUAAUAGGGCCGGAGUUUGAUUUCCGACAUGAGAUUGUUGUUUAAGGCGAGAUUGUUGGACCAAGUAAGUGAUGUUAAUUAUCCUCGAGUUUAAUAAUAAGUGACAUUAGACUG